GUAGAGCUCACUCCACAGAUACUCAUCGAGCCGCAUCAGCUGAAAAAUAUCAGUCCCAAAUUCCCAAUACUGCUGCACGUUGAUACAGAGAAAGCCGUCGCUAGAAAACAAAAUCACAAUGGACGAUCUAGACAAAGACUGCGAAGACUCCCCUUUGCCGCAGAAUGGACGAGGUGGCGAACACGAUGACGACGGGGCAUCGGACGACGAGCAACAGGAUUGGAGACUGCUAGCGGCCUACAGCGGAGCCAGUAAAAAGAGCUUACCGAAACGAGGAGAGAAAGAAUACGAGCCCGAUGGAAGUCACACUGACUCCAGUAAUCUUGAACAAAGUCGGACGGCGAUGUACACAGCACUAAGUGGUGAGCGCAAACACACAAGCAAAGCUCAUAUUUCAGGCAUAUGGUUCCCCAGUCUGGGAAAGGCUAGAGUUAUAUCGGCGCGAGGUCCUCACUUCAAAGCUAUAGGAAAAGCAGACUCAACCGGUACUAUUUUCCUUCUUCCGGAGGAAACAAUUUAUUUGGUAGAGCGAGGGAGCAUGACUUUAUACAAUUCGCGAGGGGAUACUUCCAUCUCUCUACAGGGAUGCUACGGGGUAUGUCUCAAAGCCUGCGGCGGACAUGAGAGGUACCUUGUCUACGCCUACUUAAAACGACUCGGAUUCAAUAUUCAGAGAGCCAGUACGUUUGACAACGAAGGCGUACCCGAGUUGCCUGUGAUUGAGAGGAAAUGGAGUUGGGCUUCUUUUUGGUCCUCGAUUAUGGAGAGGUGCAUGAGCUUUUGGAGCGGGGCGUCUUCACUUUUCGCAAAACGAAUCGCUCCUUUUGGACCUGUUGUUCAUGGUGGAGUUUGGAGAUCAUAUAGCUCCAUUUAUCGCAAAUUACAGAUCAUUCCCUACGAAAGUCACAAGAAUUAUACACCACCAGUUGCUAAGACAGAGGUCCCAUUUCGGGUCACUUACAACAUCUGGAAACCACGGCCGUCGUUCAAAAAGUCUGCACCGGGAGAACCUGACUUUCAAAUUGUGGUAGUCAACGCGGCAAAGGAGAAAAUGCCUUCAUAUAGUCAACUACGAGCACUGUUUACCAACGUUCCUCCCUCAGCGCGCGGCGGGAAAGGUACAGAGAACCAGCGACUGAAAGAAGGAUAUAGGAAUGUACUGAUUGCGGUUGUUGAUUGUGGGAUCAUCAGUUUUGUGAGAUUGGGAGACACGUCGUUUGGAGACGAGACGAUCUACGAGCGUUCCCCGCGAAAUAUGAGGAAAGGCCAGGCGCGCGCAAGACCUGCAGCGUCCGCAAAAAAGACAUAGAUAAUAUA